GUUGCCAUGGCAGUAAUAAUGAAAACAAAUGAAUUUACAGUUAUUUUAGUCUUUAAGAAACAAAAACAAACUAAAAAUUAUAUACAAUGCAAGCGUCCAGCGUGCAGCCUGUGUUCAAAUUAGAAUUAAACCAUAAAGUUACAUCGGGUAUAGUUACGAUCGCGAAGUAUGAUGGAACUCAUUCGUGUCUUACUGCCGCUGCUGGAUAUGACAAAAUUAUUAUUCAUCAUCCUCACGGCGCCAUGAUAAGCGGGCGCGCUCAGCGAUCUCAAGCUCAUGGGGAAGUAUCUAAACUAAAUCUCAGUCAGGCAGUGAUAACUCUGGCAGCUGAAGAAUCAGACUGUGCAAGAGACAUGCUAUUAAUUGGUUCUCCAACCCAAAUAUUAGCGUAUGAUGUUCACGACAACUCAGACCUGUUUUUCAAGGAAGCCCCAGAUGGUGUCAAUGUUAUAGUUGUUGGUCAUUUCGAUAAACAUGACGAGAAGCUACUUAUUGUUGGGGGAAACAGUUCAGUAAUGGCUCUAAAUUGGCAAGGAGUAGAGCAGUUUUGGAACGUAGUUAGCGGUAAAGUGUGCUCAAUGAUCACUUUUGAUUUCGAUAAAGAUGGCGAAAACGAGCUCCUCAUUGGAUGCGAAGAUUCUUACAUUAAAAUAUUAAAAAAUAAUCAAUUUAUCAUGGAGCUUGCUGAAACUGGCCCUGUUAUCUGUUUAUCACAAAUAAGCGAAGUAAGAUUUGCUUAUGGACUAGCAAACGGCACGAUAGGAAUCUAUGAAGAAGGUAUUCGAUUAUGGAGAGUAAAAUCUGAACAAAAUGCGAUUUCUCUGCAAUGGUCGAGUGAAAAUUUAGCUUGUUGUUGGACUAACGGUAGGAUUGACUGGCGAGAUGGUACUGGACGAGUAAUUAGACGUGUGUAGAUGCGUUCUAACGCAGCUGCUAUGUUGCUUGCGGACUAUCGGUUUGUUGGUGCACCAGACCUUUUUUGCGUGUCUGACAAAGGAGAAGUACUAGGAUAUCCUCUAAUCCAAGAAAAUGUCAGUGUAAGCACGACUUCUAAAAGAUUUCCCUCAGAAGAAGAUCGGUUAGCCAUUACGGAGUUAUUGAACAAAAAACAAGCAUUGUUGGUCGAGUUACAACACUAUGAAGCCAAUUCCUCAAGUAUGGCUAAUCAAGAUAUUGAAAAUCCUCCAACUGCGAUGCCUACGAAUACGCGACUACAAGUUGCUGUAGCUGCUGAUACAGAAGAAAAUUGUCUUCAACUGGUAGUUUCAAUAAAUAACGACACCAUAGUACGCACUGGUCUGGUACUGGCAGAAGGGAUUUUCGAAACUGGCGAAACACUGGCGAGACAUCCACAGCAAACACAGCUUAAAUCUAUUCUGUAUAUACCACUGAAACCACCUCGGGAUGUUCCAGUUGACGUUUACAUUAAGGCAUUAAUGGGUUACGCAGAUAGCGAACAAUUUCAUAUAUUUGAAAUCACCAAGCAAUUGCCUAGGUUUUCUAUGUAUACAAUAGUAUCUAUAUCCAUUAUGAAAGCCUCGGUUGAAAGUUAUGUAAUAUUUCGUAUUACUGAAAGAGUACAAAGAAUCUGCAUUUGGAUUAAUCAAAAUUUUUUACUUGAUGAAGAAGUUGAAUUAGAUAAUGAGGACACCAAAGAUUUAAAUAUAGGCUUUUUAUGUCUUAGAGAUAUGUCUCGCCUUGAAAUAGAAUUCAGUGCUGAUGGGCAAGUCAAAUUUAAUACACCAGAUAUUCGUCUCGCUGGAGAUUUAAUUCAAAGUUUAGCAGUUUAUUUCAAUUUGGCUGAUCUGCAGGUAAAUCAUUCAAGCUAA